AGGGUUGCCUCUGUGUGGGAAAGAAGAAGUGUCCCAAGAGCAAGAGAAUUUGGUGUUACACCCGGGUCAAUGGCAGCUGUCCUGUAUGUGCAGGGUGCCCUUCUCUGGCUGCACCUCACCCAAGCCUGUGAGCUUCUCCAAGUCUCCCAAGAGCCACAAGUCAUGGUCACACUCGCGGGCAAAUCGGUCCAUAUUAAGUGUGACAUUAUUUAUCGAAACAUAGCGAGAGGCACCACCAUCUCCUGGGCUGUGGAACACGUCGAUCCUGUGGGCACAACCACUAACCAGAUUGAGCAAUCAGAAGACAUCAUAGAUAUCAAUGGCACCAGAAUUAUACAUCACAGCGUCCGGCCAAAUGGGCAGUCGGCCAUGUACUACUGUAGCGUGACAUGUGGGUCAUACAAGACGUCCAGCACCGGAACCUACAUACAUGUGAGAGAUUAUGGCUACGUGACACCCACCCAUCCCUCUACUCACCUCCAGUCCAGUUUGAUUGCCCUGCUUGUCCUUCUCUUGCUCCUGUCGGCCACCGGGACUGCCCUGCUGCUGCUCCCAUUUAUAUGGAAGAAAAGGAUUGACUCCACGUCUAUGUCCCACAUUUCCAGUGUCCCCGGGGAUACAAAAUCGACAUCACCUCAAAAGGACAAAGAAGCCUCCAGUUCCUUAUAUGAGUCUUUAAAGCCCUGUCCUGACUCUGAGCUCUAUCAUACGCUGGAGACGGCUCCCCCAUUACCCAAGGGCAAGGCGACACAUCAGAGUCCCAAAGCCAAGGCCGCCCCCCAGGUAAAACCAACUGGGGCCCAAGAACUGGCCCGUGGAGGAAGCAAGAAACCCCCAGUGAAGCCGAAGCCAAAAAGGAGCCACACAGAGCAAGACCUGUAUGAGAAUGUCAAUCACUAAAAUAUGUGGUGCCCACUCCUACUCCCCUUUCAGUAUUUACUAAUAAACGUAUUUUUUUCAUAUCUGAA